UGCAUCCAGCGCGCGGGGCCCGCAGCCUCCGCCAGCUACCCCGUGUCCUACGGCCAGGGCGGCGGGUACGGGCAGGGCUACCCCGCACCGCCCUCCUCGUCCUACUUCGGGGGAGUGGAUUGCAGCUCCUACCUGGCCCCCAUGCACUCCCACCACCAUCCCCACCAGCUCAGCCCCAUGGGGCCCUCCUCGGUGCCGGGCCACCACCACCACCACCCUCUGAGCCAGAGCUCGGGCCACCACCACCACCACCACCACCACCACCACCAGGGCUACGGCGGCACCGCGCUGCCGUUCAACUCCUCCGACUGCCUGGACUACAAGGAGCCGGCCGCCGCCGCCUCCUGGAAGCUCAACUUCAUCCCCGACUGCCUCGACUACAAGGACCAGGCCUCCUGGCGCUUCCAGGUCUUGUGAGGGCCCGGCCCCACGCCGACCCCCACCCCAGGCCUCCUCCCCGCUUCGGCAGCGGCCCCGUCUGUCCUGACUGAUAUUUAUUUGCGUCCCGCGCCCCUCCGGCCGGGUUAUUAUAAUUAUUAUUUUUUUAAACGGAACGGAAGAGGACUUGGAACACAAAAACCCAAAGGCUCCCUGCUCCUUGGCCACGCUCCGGGGAUGGAUGAGCACCGGCUCCAGCCCAGCGCUGCAGCCAUUCCCUUCAGCUGAUGCUCCUGGGCUGCCGUCGAUGGCGAUGAGCCCAACGCGAAAAUACAACUUUAAAAUUUCCUUUCUUUUUUUUUUUCCUAAAAUUUUAUUUUUAUUUCUCAGUUUUUCUCCCCUGCCGGGGCCACCUCUCGCCACCUCCGUCCGUCCGUCUGUCCGCGAGGGGCCGGUGGGGCUGGAGAGGAGGAGGAGGAAGAGGAGGGGAGGGAAGGGCUGCUCGGCCAACCCGCAGACCAAAA